AUGGAGCCCCGAGAUGAAAUUCCCAGAGCGUUGAACAUCCCAAGGGAAUAUACUCAACGUAUUUCCAAAACUAGAGUCGUCUGUUUGGUGUCUGAAAACUGGUUGCAGCUUGCUGUUCAGGGAAAUGUAGAGGGACAUAAAUGGGGUAAUCUGUUGACAGUAGCAGAGUCUGAGCGUCUCCUUGCGCCUUCAACGGCAAUGUUACAACAUCCAUGGCUAAGGAUAUCUGUCAAAAGCAUACUUAAAUCAGAUCAACUGAUUGAUUGGCCCCAGGAUGAAUCUUUGUAUAACACUGAUCUUGAUGCAUCACUGCUGGGACAUUUGUCAGAGACUAGCAAAGAAAACUUUCAGAAUUUGUGGAGAUCUGCAUAUUAUCGUUAUCAUGGAACUGAGGAAAGCAGGGUGACACAAAGACAAACGCAGUUCACAGGAGCAGUGAGGCAAUACCUCCAUCGAUUACAUCCACAGGCCUUUAAUUGUCUAAACAAGAGCAAAAAUUACCAGUUUGAACCCAUGACUGAUCAGCCAAGUGCUUCCUCAACCUUCCUUCAGAAUAUUGUUUCAAUUUUAACUGUAGUUGAAACAGAUGUGUAUUUUCAUCUUAUACAGCCAUACUUUGCACAAUCUCUCCAUGACGUAGUCACCUUUAGUCCUUCAAUAUUUGAAUCAUCUUUAAGCAAACCAUUGUUUGUAUUGUACCAGAUCCUCCAGUCCAUGAGAACAUUCCACAAACAUGGAUUGUCUGCUGGGGAUCUAAACAUGAGGAAUAUUUUGAUUGAUCACAAACUCUGGGUGUAUGUUUCUAAUGUACCAGUGAGGCCUAUAAAACUGAGUGUUGGGUCUAGUGGUUCUCAGGACUCAGACACCAUUAAUGCCCUUGAAAGUCAAGGGACCACUGAAGUCGGACAUGUUGGAGAUGAGGUGAUCACGGCUCCAACACUUCAGAGACUUUUUAGUGAGAGUGACACUAUGGUAGAAGAUGCAAGAAGAUAUUUACAGUCUAGUCAGAACUUUAAAUUUGAAAUCAAACAUCUUCCUGAUUUUGUAGAACAGUGGAUGAAUCGGAAGAUAAGUAACUUCAGAUACUUAAUGGUGCUAAACUCAUUAGCAGGGAGAAGAACAGGUGAUCCCAAUCACCAUCCUGUUUUGCCAUGGGUCAUGGAUUUUUCUGGCCCAGAUUUUGGAUUUCGUGAUUUGAAAAAAUCUAAAUAUAGGUUAAACAAGGGGGAUAAUCAACUUGAUUUGACAUAUGAAACAUUCUCAGGACUCUCAGAUGAUUCUCACAUUCCUCAUCAUGUUUCUGAUGUUUUAUCAGACAUAACAUACUAUGUAUAUAAAGCACGACGCACAUCAAAAUCGAUUCUGUGCACCCAUGUAAGAUCCCGAUGGGUUCCAAAUGAGUAUCCUAGUAGUAUGCAAAGGAUGCAGGAGUGGACUCCUGAUGAAUGUAUACCAGAAUUCUUCACUGAUCCAACCAUCUUCACUUCUAUGCAUGAGGACUUGCCUGAUCUGGAGUUACCUCCCUGGAGUGCAACUGCAGAAGAGUUUAUCAGUAAACACAUGGAGGUUCUAGAAAGUGAACAGGUGUCAAGUAAUCUACAUCACUGGGUAGACCUCACCUUCGGUUACAAGCUGACAGGAUCAGCAGCAGUGAAAUCAAAGAAUGUAAACCUACAGUUGGUGGAUGAGCAUAAACAUGUGACCAACAGGGGUGUGGUUCAGCUGUUCAAAAUGCCCCAUCCCCAUAGGAUCCCUGUUUCCCAAAUAACGGGGCAACAGCCACCCAGGCUACCAAAAAACAUGAUGCAAUCUCAGAUGCUGGGGGAUUCUGUGGAGGAGACAAGUUCAGGUGACAAGAGGUCAUCUGGUACAAGUCAAACAGUGAAUGUCCAGCGCCCAGAGCUAGCCACCAUUCUUCUUCCUAAGUCUUAUGACCCGAUUUCUGAACUGGACCAACUCGAGUCUUUAUAUAGCUUCUCCAGUCAUACAAUGAUGGAGUUACCAAAUUCAACUAGUGUAAAGUCCCCACAUUCCCCUGUGAGUGGGUCCUUAGGUGUACUGACAAAAGACAUGCAGGCCUUUGGCUGUCUGGUGUGUGAGAUGUUUCUGACUUCCUCCCUCCACAUGCAGCCCACACAGUCAUCCCUCAUCCAUCGCUACAAUGUCCUCAAGUCAAAAUUCAGGGAAGGACAUGACGACUUCCCCAGGCCAUUACUUAAAGCAGUGGAACUACUUAUGCAAUUAAAAGACUUUAACUCAGGACAUGAUGAUGGUGAAGUAACUGAUUUUAGCUACCCAGUAGUGAAUAGGUUAGGGUUACCUCCCCCUACACCACUUCAGCUCCUUCACCCAGUCCUUGACAUGUUUCCCUUUCCAAAAUAUUUCUCUGAUCUUUAUAUGUGUCUUUGUCGGCUCAAAGUCAAGGACAGUGACAUUGAGCAGGCCAGAUGGUCAUCCAAUUACCCACCAAAUGAAAAACAGAAGGUCAUUAAAAUCAUUGCAAGAGAGAAAGUGAAAAUUCUUCAAAACUUUCUUGAGACAUUUCAAGGACAUCUUAGUCAAGAAGGAUUAGAAUUAAUACUACCAUAUGUAGAAGAUUUGUUCAGAGAUGACGUAACAGCAAUACCUGCAGCUUGGUCACUCUUUAAUUUGAUCGGUCAAGAGAUAGGACCUAAGGAAACAAGUAACAGGUUUCUUCAGCAUCUUGUGAAACUUUUCAGUGGUGAGAAUCCCUCUCCAAAACUGAUGAAAAUCUAUCACAAAACAUUCCUGAUACAGAUGCUGCUAAGACUGGGUCUUCAGACAUUUCUAUCCAACUUUGCCACCCUUCUGGUAGAAGCAGUUGCAGGAUAUAAGAAUUAUGUGUUUGAGGAACUCUUCAUUGAUCAACAGGAAAAAGAUGCACUUGAUGACCUUGUGAAACGUGCAAAUGAUGAAGGUCUGACACUACCUCCAUUAGAGGAAGAAGACCGAGAUGAAGACAUGGAGAUAGAGAGUCAGUUCUCUGAAUUCCCAACAGAAUCAACACAAGAUGAUAUAGAUGACAUUGAUGAUGAAAUAGCAGAUACUAUAUCCCUUAGUGAGGACAAUCAGAAUGAGGCUGAUGAUGAAGAUGAAAGGUCUGAGGAUUCUCUAAAUAUAAGUGUUGAUGAUGAAUCUGACUGUCGGAGUGAUUGUGAGGCUUAUGGAGCAGACAGUGCAGAGCGGGCAUCUAUUCACAGUAUCUCUCACCUAAUUGACAAAUCACAAGACCUACAAAUGGUAGCUGAGAGUGAGGGAGGUUCAUUGACAGAUAAAAAUAGAGACUGGGAAACUCCACAAUUACAGAAUCACACUGAAAGUGAUGAUAUGGUCGAUGAUGUAGAAAGUAAAAAUGGUGCAACUGAAGUGAAAUCUAGUAUGGUACGCAGUGAGACAGAUGAGUUUGCACACAGUAUGUCAGAAAGAACAGCAGAGGAGGUGGUUAACAUCAGUGAUGUGUCCGCAGAAAGUAUUAAGUGGUUGUCCCAGAGACUUGGGCCUGUUCUCACUGCCAAAUUCUUGUCUCGUAAUCUCCUCAGGAUGCUGGCCCUGUGUUACUAUGGAGAGGAACAGCUGAUUGUACUAGUUGAAGCAGACAAGAAGUUUCCAAAGUCGUCAAGGCUUGUGUGUGGUGACCGGAAUGCUCACAAGGUGUUGGAAUGUCUAUCCUGUAUUGCCCAGAUGUAUGGAGAACAGGUGAUCCUGCUGCAGUACCUCCCCUGUAUAGUAGACAUGGUUAACACAGCCAAGAAACGUCUUACACAGAAGGCAGAGUCUGGUGUGAUAAGUGCUCUGGUCUUAUUGAGACACAUACUGCCUUACCUGUCUGAUAUAUCUCUGAUGGAUGUUUUACAGGACACAAUCAUCAGGGAUACCGUUUUACCUGUCAUUAAGCUCAUAUCUUCAGCAUCCCAUAACUUUCCAGGAGGAAGUAUGGUACGCACUUUGGUCUGCCACAAAUUUAUAGAUGUGGUUUUCAUCAUUGGUUUACGUGUAGGUUUUGAAAUGACAAGGAAUCUCAUGACUGGACUCCUUAUUGAUUUUUUUUCCUGUUUCACACAAGUUCACGGUAACCAACCGCAAGUGUCACAGGCAGCAGUGCAGCAAGAGUUGGCCGACCAAACACGACCCAUUAAAUCUCAGGCCUCUACUGAUGACUCGUACUGUAACAUCAGGAUGGACAGCAGUACUAACGAGUACACUAUUGGUACACCAGUCUCCCUCGGCAACUUCAUCCCCUCCCCCUCCUCAGGACUGAGCCCUGGAGGGUGGCAAUCCUCCAGAAAAUCCCCAUAUAGCCUCACUGUCACUCCAUAUGAUGAGCGAGAAGACUCCCCAGAGUAUGGAACAAAGGACAAAGAGAAAGCCCUACAAGAUCUGGUCACAGUGUUCUCCCCUGAGCUAGCUAUGGCCUCCUAUAUACCUUUCUGUCGUAUAUUUGGCAGUAUAUACAUGGAGAACAGUCUACCAAAUGACGACAUGAUCAGGCAGCUAUGUUCGCAGUAUGAUGGUGAGCUCAGUCCAACCCAGAGUAGUGACUCAGAACCACCGUCCCCUGUACAUGAAGCCACACCUGCCUUGGGAAUUGGAAGUAAUGUGGCAUUGCUAGGCAACAGGAUCCAACUUACCUCCAGCACAGCACAGGGCUCAGACUCCUUCAAGGUUGGACCCAUUCACAGGAACUCUCGCAUACUCAGAGUGGAUCCUGAUGAAACAAAAAGUGAACAAAUGGAACAUCACAAACGCAGGCACCUGAGAGGGAACUGGCUGGCUUACUGGGAACAUGAAUUGGGUCUCAGUGAGCGGGAUAACAUGUUCAACUUUAAGCAGAUCAAGCUGCAAACAUUUGAAGGCCAUAGUAGUAGUAUCCGGUCACUGACUGUGCUGGACAAUGAAAACUCCUUCAUCACUGCUAGCAAGGACAAAACCGUGAAGCUUUGGUCCAUCAAAAGCUACGGGGACGGUGCCCACAAGAGUAAGUGUCAGUGGACUUAUCAACAUCACAAGAAGUCUGUGUUCUCCGUUGCCUACCUCGAGUCUGUGCGACUUGUAGCAUCCUGUGAUAGCACCGUCCAUAUCUGGGACCCAUUUACGGGAGACGUAGUUCGUCGCCUUGAAUCGUCCCAUUACAGCCCUGUAACAGCACUAAUCCCCAGUCCUUCACCCAGCACCAUGAUCAUCACUGCCACCAACGACUCCACCCUCAGGUUUCUGGACCUUCGAGCAGCCAGUUAUGCCCAUGAAUACAGGUGUACGACAAGCACAGCAGGUUUGAUUCGCUGUGUAACAGUCAGUCCAGACAGCCAUUGGGUGUCGGUAGGAUUCUCCUCAGGUAUUUUGUCCAUCCUUGACCUUCGCACAGGCAUAAUGAUGAAGUCCUGGAAAGGUCACGAAGGUGACAUCUUACAGAUGAAAGCAUACAAUAAGACAACCUUCCUCACCUCGUCGUUUGACCAAACGAUGAAGAUCUGGAACACUGAGGACAACAAGGACUUUCCCUGUCUCAAAGGUCAAAGUGAACCAGUUCAUUGCAUGUCUCUCUACAAAAACCAAAUAAUCUCAGGAACUACUGGCAACAGAAUUGGUGUUCAUUCUUCCAUAGAGAACCAGGCUUCCUUCACCGUUACCAAACUGAAGGCUGACACUUUUAAAGGUGUGCUGACUAGUAUGGCUAUCCUACCAAUGAACAGAACUUUAUUACUAGGAGCUGACAAUGGUAGUGUUCGCCUGCUGUGUUGA